AUGGAGGCCGCGGCCCCCUUCAGGGUGUGCGCCGUUUCCGAGGAGCUGGCGCUGGUCACGCGCAAGGACGCGGCCGGCAAGAGCGGCGGGCGCACCACAAUGGACUGGACCCACCAGCGGAUCUGGAAGGACACCAGCCAGACGGCCUACGUCAGCGGCCUCUUCGUGGACGGAGACCGCGUCCUGAUCAGCUACGGCUCGUCAGACACAGACGCGCGCCUGCUGGCCUUGGGGCUGCCAGACCUGGAGGCGCUCUUCACCCGCCCCUUCGACUGCAGCGGCGCAAAAGUGCUGGACGCCGGCAGCGGGGAGGCGCUGGCGGUGGCGGCGGUGACCGGCGGCGCGCCGGCGGCGGGCGCCAAUGGGACGGCGGCGGGGGCCGCGGCGCAGCUGAGGCAGCGCCACCGGCGCGCGCGGCGGCGCGAGCGGUCGGCGGCGUGA